UUUGAUCCGAACCACGUUAAAUCUUGUGUUCUUUCUUUUACGUUUCCGCUAACAGAUUGUGUAGGAAAGUUUAAUUGCAUAAGUUUUAGAAUGUCUUCGAGCAUGUUUGAUUUCCCCGUACAAUAGUAUUUCGGUAAAUGGAAUAUUGAGUUGUGUUGUUCUGGUCAUAUCUAGUAGGAGUAUUGAUUUUCUUUAUCUUGCUUUUCACUUAAAUAUUUUUUUUUUGAUGAAGUCUGACUUUCUAUUUUGAUUGAAUCAGCUAUUCUUUAGCAGAUUGCUUUACUUGUUUUCUGAAGCAUUGCCUGAUUGUUUCCCUCCCUAGUUGUCAUAGAGCAGAGGUCUAUUACUAUAGGAAACAUCAUUCAUUGUUGAAUGGGUGGUCUUGGGCCUCAUCCUUGGAACAGACAGAUUAUAUGAUGUCAAUGUACCAAUUAGAAGAGAAGAUAGGCAAAUACUCUGUUUGCAUUUUCUUUUCCUUUCUCCUGCUUUUUGUUUGCUGCUUCUCGCAUCUUUCCCUGAUAUUCAAACGUACCAUUGAACGCCUUCUGUUUCUUGAUGAUUCGAAAAAAUGAGAAGCGGCAAUUUUUUAGUACUGACAAUCGAGUCCUCAUUUUUUUAAUCGGAAUUUCUAUUUCUGAUUAUAGCCCUGCUGCAUUGUCUGGGGAUAUGUGAGAAACUGCAGAUACUAAAGCCUGUGCAAAAUGCUUUGUCCGGCGUUCUAUGAUGACUACAAUGUUUCAAAACUUAUUUACACUCAAAUUUCUAUGUUCUUCCUCUGUCUUUUUUGGACUGCAGAUGUUUCAUUUGAUGCCAACACAACAAGGGAGUUUCUAUGUGAUGAAUGACAUUUUCCGGUUGAACUAUGCAUGAAGGGUACUGGGUUGAAUUGUCCGUUGUUCGUGUUUCCUUGAUUGAUUUCUUCGGAACUGAACAAGUUUACUGAAUAUAUUCUAAGAGUUUGAAAGACAUUGCUUCUGUUGGAUAUCUCAGCUAGUAAGACUGGUUUACUAGUUGUUUGUUGAGUGAGCAAUGGAUUAAACUUUAUAAACAAAAAACAAAUGAGCUCUUCCUUGUUGCGAGAUAUUAUAUGCUUUAAUAAUUGCUGCUUCUAAGUCUCAAUUUCUCUCUGUCUCAACUCUCCGAUGGAUGUUCUUGUCAUGUUUUUUUUUGUUUGCAUUGCCACGUUUGACAGUUGAACGUGAUGACAAGUUUUGUGUAUUGAGAGAAAAAGUUUUGGGAGAGGUUGUGUGCCAAUUGGGGUAAAGAGUGGAAACGUUAUCUUUUCAAAAUUGCACUAGUAGAAAGGGUGAAAUUGAUAUGUUUGUUUUGUACAAAUUUAAGCACUAGCCAUUCGUGUUGCAAAAUUUCAUCCAGCUCAAUUUAUACUAUUUUUUUUUUCUUUGUAAACCCCUCCCAAUUUUGGGAGGAUCUAUCUAUUGUGUUUCCUCUUCAGCGUGACUCAAACCCAGGACCUAACGGUCGUGGGUGGAAGCGCUUUUACCAACUAAGCAAGCCUUUAUUUUGUUAAAAGGAGCAUAAUUGUUGAAUUUGCCGACUCAGGCGCAAUGCUAUGUAGUCCGCAGUUUAUGCUGUUAAAAGUGCCAAGUUAUCUAGUGUAACUUAUUCGUAGUUUUUGUUUUAAGGAAGACGUAACCGGUCGUUUCGUCAUCUAAAGAGAAAUAAGGUAGGAUAACAUUGUCUUGAGGAAAAUAAAUCAAAGAAUUUAUUUAGAAUGUAAUUUGUGGGGGUCGGUAGAAGAAUCAGAAUGUUGAUCUCGUAAGCAACCUACUUUGUGUUUCUGAACAUCAAAAGCAGCAAUCCCACUAAUAGACACAAGGUUGUGAUAUAAGCAAAAGGAUAAAGUGUGAAUCCGAAUACCUUCAUUGGGUAACGUUCUGUUUUCCCCUAGCUUACUCCAUUCUACUCCGGCUCUCUUCUCUUGUGUAAAUUCCAUCGUUAUAAGGGGAGAACCCUAUAGUAAUGUAAUAGUGUAUUUUGACAAGACUUCAAAAUCUUUGAGAUCAUCUAGUCUCUUGGGAAUUGAGGGGCCAAUAGAAUAGCCUAGCUUUUUGAUAAGUGGUUGGUUCAGUGUUUACUAGUGGUUGUGGUUAAGAGAAUCCAAAAGGGGAGAGGAAAUACACCGUUUGGUAGUGAAGAGAGGAAGAUGUCCGAUUGGGGUCCGGUGUUUGUGGCGGUGGUGCUANUGCUUUUCGUACUGUUAACGCCAGGUUUGCUGAUUCAGGUACCAGGUCGCAAUCGAGUUGUUGAGUUUAGCAACUUUCAGACUAGUGGAGUGUCCAUACUGGUUCACUCAAUUGUGUACUUCGCCCUCAUUUGCAUCUUCUUAUUAGCCAUUGGGAUCCAUUUGUACACGGGUUCUUAACUCUUUACUGGAAUCCUAGUGAUCAUGGACGGCCAUUUUCCUUUUUUACCUUUUUCAUGCAUGUUUUUCGCUUUUAUUUUUCUCUUUUUUUAGCAUUCAAAUUUCACUUCAAUCUAUUAUGAUUUGAUGUGAUGUAUUAUCGGUGGGAAAAGCUCUAGUUAUUAAUAAUAGCUCUUUUUUCUUCUUUUA